CUUGAUCUUAAAGAUUUUAUCAAAGGUGCUGGAGAUUCUCGAAAACAAAUUGAAGAAGCUGAAAAAAUACGCAUGGAAUUACUAUCAGAACAAAUUGUCAUAACUAGUCCUCCGAAAACACAUAAAGUAUAUUAUACCACCAGAGAAAUAAAGAUUAUACAUGUAUCUCCUACGAAAUUAAAUCUCGAAAUUUACAAUUUUAAGCCAAAGUUUAGUAAGAAAAUGAAGUUUGGCGUAAAGAAACCUGAACAAACACUUGCAAUGCCAAAAGAAAAGAUUCAUUUUCAAAUAGACUCUGAUAAUGUCAAUGAUACACGAAAUAUUGAUCCUUUCAGUAACUUAAAUCAAACAACUCCCAUCGUAUCGUUACCCGAAACUUUUAAUAGUACUAGUUUGAAUCUUGAAUUAAUUGAUUACACUAAAAAAUCAAAGAAAAUUAAAAAAGAGAUUGCCCUUGAAAAAAAUGCUUCGGCAUCGAAAUACUACAGAUCAGAUUGUCAAUGUUCUAUCAUGUGA